AUGCGCGCCGUCUUUCCAAAACCUCCGUCCGAGCGCGAUAAAACUCCCCGUCCUCACUCUCCGACUCGCCCCGCUGACCCUCCCUCCCCAGUCCCCGAUCCAUCCCCCGUCCCCCCAUCCUCCACCGCCAUCCGUGACCCUCCCCAUAGAGCCCCAGACACCGGUGCCUCCCCGAUCGCUCCUUGUAAUUUUUCCUCCUCCACCGCUCGCUCUCAACGUGCUGACCCUCCGUUUUUUUCCUCUCCCUGA